AGUUUUUUUCUUAUUAUUUUUGCAUAUUUGAACUGAUUUUACUAUAUAUAUAUAUUUAAUCUACUGACUCUGCUGUUGUGUAUGGAGAAAAUUUUGGGGGAACUCCAUUGACAUUUGGAUUUCAUUAUCAUCUCAUACAGAAAGUUUUCUCAGGCAUAAUCUUUGGUAGAGAAAGGUUCUUAAUUUUCGUAAUGAGCACACAGAGCACCAGGGGGACUACCCUAAGGGGGCACCGGCGAAGGAAGAUGGCUUUGGACUUAGACCUUAAUAGUGCACCACCUAGUGAUAUAAGGGAUCAGGAGGGCACAUCAACUCAAGUGAGAAGUCAGGAAUCACAAUCUAGACCACAAGGAAACUCCCUCCCUCCAGCUACCAUUGAUGUUGAGGCAAUUGAUGAUGAUGUCAUUGAAUCUUCGCCGAGGGCAUUUGCUGCGGCUAAAAACAAUAGAAGGAAUCAUCGGAGGAUUGUAGUUGAUGUAGAUUCAGAAGAGCGAAAUAGGAUUACUCACAAUAAUCACAAGCGCAGGAGAACUGCACCAAAUCAGACCAUUAUUAAUUGUGAUUUUUACAUAAAUUUGGAAAGCAGUGCAAACUCUACGAAUGAAAAUGUCCCGAAGCCACCUCCGCCCCCAAAGGAGCCCACUUUUAGCUGCCCAAUUUGCAUGGGUCAAUUGGUUGAGGAAAUGUCAACAAAAUGUGGUCAUAUUUUCUGUAAGUCAUGCAUUAAGGCUGCAAUUACAGCACAGGGUAAAUGCCCUACCUGCAGGAAAAGAGUCACUUCAAAAGAGCUCAUUAGAGUAUUCCUUCCCGCCGCUAGUUGACUGUUCUGCUCUCAUGAAAAUUUGACUGUGAGGAUUAAUCAGAAUGCUUUGGGGUUAAGGAGAUCGAAAGAACUGUUUUGUCGUCUCAGCAAAUUUAUUUUCUAUACAUUUCAUCUAUCAAAAAACUUUGUGUAGCUUACUGAACUGUCAUCCUGUGACAGUAGAAGUUUUCUCUUAUGCAAGGAACAGUGUCUUCUGUAGUGCAGUUUAAAAGUAGCAAUGCCUAAAUGAAUAUGGUAAGAUUGGCCAAAUAUUAAUAAAUAUGCCAAGUAAUUAGUUUUGAUCUUCUA